CGUUGCUAAAGCGUACCCACCGCGCGGCGAAAACCCUCUCGCCCCUCCAAAUCUCCCUCGUCCCGCGCUACUCCCUCAUCUACAAAACCCCUCUCUCUUCUUCUUCUUCUUCUUCUUCUUCUUCUUCUUCUUCACUCUCCUCCCCCAAUCUAGGGUUUCGGUCUCUCCCCCUCCAAACCCUAAUUUCACCUUCUUCUCCCUUCCAAUUCCACCAUUGGCGGUCCCCGAUUCGAUCUCUCUCCCGAUCCAUGGAGUUCAACCAGGGGAUCGGCUACGAGAAGGCGUGCCGCCUCUCUAACACCAACCACUCAGAGGUCGCCCCCGCCCUCCCCCUCCCCUCUCUCCCUGUGAGCUUCGGCGCCGCGGAUGCGCGGAUCGAGCUCUUGGACGAGCCCUCCCAUGGCGCUCGGCUAGGCGAUCGCCCAGACGUCCUCUCGCACGCCGGCGCGAUCGCGGAGCUCCUGAGGAACUGCGACGUUAGCUACCUUAAUUUGAAGGAGAAGCCAAGGGAAGCUCCGAACGAUCCGAGGGAGUGUUCGAGGCUGUAUCAGCAAGUCCUCAAGUACAACCGCGAAGCAUUUGCUAGCUCUUCUCGAGGUCCGCUUUUGGAUCAGAGCCCUCGUAAUCAGAUACCAGAAAGGAAACCUUUUGAACAAAACGGAAUUAAUGUUCUUCAAGUACCAAGGGAGUAUGGAGCUUCUUUUGAUGACCAUCCACAACGGAAUCUCGUUCACGAUCAACCUGCUCUUGCUAGUUCAAGGAAACCGAAAGUUAGGAAAAAAGACAGCGAAACUAUUCCUUCGAAUUCUGGUCUAGAUAUUCCUGAUCAUCAAGAUGCCAUUAUGAACUUCUGUGAGAUGGUGGAAGACUUCUGUGGGAAAGCAGAAGUCCCUGAUGAUUUAGAAGGAUCCGAUGGGUUCUCUCUUCCUUUAGCUGAUAUCAAAGCUCUUGUAAAUGAAAUAACAUUGGUUCAUUCAAAGAAGUUUUUGCACUCCAUUCCUCUUGAUACUCUUACGAGACUGAUAAAUGUUCUAGAUCGUCUUAUCCAGUGUGCACAAGGUGUAUCCAUUGAAGGAAAUGAAAAUCCUGAUUUAGAUUGUGAGACCGUGGUUCUGUGUGCACUGGAGUCCACUCAUGCAGCUUUAGCGAUUAUGAGUCACCAUGAUAUGCCAAAGCAACUUUAUAGAGAAGAAAUUAUCGAGCACAUUCUUGAUUUCUCGAGGCAUCAGAUCAUGGAAUGCAUGGCUGCAUGUAGUCCAUCCUACCGCAAUCUUUACAAACCAAGUGAAAAUGGUGCAAAUGAUGUUGAUGAGGAUGAAGAGGAUGACAUCGAUAAUAGUUCGGCAGGCAAAAGGCGGCGUAACACUCGUAGUGUGAACACGAGGAAGCCUGCUGGAAACAAGGUUUCUGUAGCUGUUUAUUCUGUGGUACAGAAACUUUGUUUAAUAUUAGGGUUUCUCAAAGAACUCCUGUCAGUGGUGCGCUUGUCAGAUAGUUGCAUUCUGCAGUUAGUGAAAACAAGCUUCUCAACAUUUCUGGUGGAUAAUAUACAGAUUUUACAAUUAAAGUCAAUUGAUUUGAUUUGUGGGGUAUUUGCUUCAUACACACAACACAAGAGCUUCUUGAUAGAUGAAACAAUUCAGCUUCUUCGUAAGUUGCAAUUUUCAAAGCGAGCCCUUAGGACUUAUCAUCUUGCAGAUGAAGAACAAAAGCAGAUCCAGAUGAUAACAGCCUUAUUUGUUCAGUUGGUCCAAUUCAGUGCAAACGUGCCCGACAGUUUAAAGACAACAGUGAAUUGGAAUACCAUCUUAGAUGCUUCAAUUGAUGCAAGUUACCCAAUGAACUGUCAUGAAGCUGCAACUGAAGUGUGUUGCAUUUUCUGGACGAGUGUUCUUCAACGUUUCACUACUGCUAAAACCCAGGAUGUAACAGAAUCCAAAGUGAUCUUAGAGAACCUUGUGAUGGAUUUGCUGAUGACCCUGAAUUUACCUGAGUAUCCUGCCUCUGCUCCUAUACUUGAGGUUCUUUGUGUCUUGUUACUCCAAAAUGCUGGCUUGAAAUCUAAGGACACCUCAGCACGUUGCUUGGCUAUUGAGCUUCUUGGCACUAUCGCUUCAAGACUCAAACGUGAUUCUCUAAUUUGCAGUAGGGAUAAGUUUUGGAUCUUGCAGGAGCUAGUUGGCGCUGGUGGCAAUUCUGAUGACUUGAAGGAUACAUGCUCUGUCUGUCUUGGUGUCAGAGGUGUGAAUAUUGUUUGUCAUGUUUGUGGAAGAUGCUUUCAUUCAGAUUGCUUAGGACUAGGUGGACAAGAAAAUUUGGUUCGUGAUUGGUCUUGCCAUUUAUGCUUCUGCAAAAAGCAGCUCAGUGUCUUAGAGUCAUACUACAAGAUAGAUAACAAAGAUUAUGUUAAAAGGAAAAACGCAGGCUCAACAAGCAAAAGGCCUGGAAAUUCUGACUCUGUCACAAGUUUGGAAGUUCUUCAGCAAAUUCUUUUGAAUUAUCUGCAGGAAGCUGGUUCACGAGAUGAUGGAAAUCUAUUUACUCGAUGGUUUUAUCUUUGCCUGUGGUAUAAGGAUGAUCCGCAAUCUCAUGAUAAAAUAAUCUACUAUCUUGCAAGAUUGAAAUCAAAUGAAAUUUUGCGAGAUUCUGGUGGCAGUUUGGUGUUAUCGAGAGAUUGGGUUAAAAAAAUUUGCCUAGCGCUGGGACAAAAAAACUCCUUUUCCAGAGGAUUUGAUAAAAUUCUUUCCCUUCUUUUGGCCAGCUUGAGGGAAAACUCUCCAAUAAUAAGAGCAAAGGCCUUACGUGCAGUUAGUGGUAUUGUUGAAGCCGAUCCGGAGGUUCUAUGUGACAGACGUGUCCAAUGUGCUGUAGAAGGAAGGUUUUGUGACUCUGCAAUCUCUGUUCGUGAAGCUGCUCUUGAACUCGUUGGUAGGCAUAUUGCUUCACAUCCUGAUGUUGGUUUGAAGUACUUUGAAAAGGUUGCUGAGCGUAUAAAGGACACAGGAGUUAGCGUGCGCAAACGUGCCAUCAAGAUCAUCCGUGAUCUAUGUACUUCCAAUACUAAUUUUUUGGAGUCAACACGAGCUUUUAUCGAGAUAAUUUCUCGUGUUAAUGACGAAGAAUCUAGCGUACAGGAUCUUGUAUGCAAAACAUUUUAUGAGUUCUGGUUUGAAGAACCAACUGGAAGUCAUAAGCACUAUGUUGCUGAUGGUAGUUCUGUGCCUAUGGAAGUGGCGAACAAGACUGAGCAAAUUGUCAAUAUGUUGAGAAAGAUGCCUAACCAUCAGCCACUUGUUACCAUCAUAAAACGUAACUUAUCACUUGAUUUUCUCCCGCAAUCUGCUAAAGCUACUGGGAUGAAUGCAAUAUCUCUGGCAUCUGUACGUAAGCGCUGUGAAUUGAUAUGUAAGCGCUUGUUAGAAAGAAUUUUGCAGGUUGAAGAGGGACAUAGUGAUGAAGAGGAGAUCCAUGCACUUCCUUAUGUACUUGCCUUGCAUGCAUUUUGUGUUGUCGAUCCAAUGCUUUGUGCUCCAGCAACAGAUCCAUCCCAGUUUGUGGUGACACUUCAGCCAUACCUUAAGAAUCAGGUUGACAAUAAAUCGACUGCUCAGUUGCUUGAAAGUAUAAUAUUUAUAAUUGAUUCUGUUCUCCCUCUGCUUCGGAAGCCGCCACAAAGCCUUAUUGCCGAGCUUGAACAGGACCUCAAACACAUGAUAGUUCGACAUUCUUUCCUGACAGUUGUGCAUGCUUGCAUCAGGUGUCUUUGUUCACUUAGUAAAAUAGCUGGCAAAGGUGGAUAUCUAGUGGAGUAUCUUGUUCAGAUUUUCUUCAAACAUCUACUUACUCCAAAUUUUGAUAAUAAGCAGCUGUUGGGCCGCUCUUUAUUCUGUCUAGGGCUGCUCCUUAGGUAUGGGUAUGAACUAAUGUCCACAGGUGAUAGUCAACAUCUCCCUAUUGUUAAGAGUCUUUCAUUACUUAAAAAAUACCUUCUCGUCGAGGAUGACUUUGGCUUGAAAGUCCGAGCUUUACAGGCAUUAGGGUAUAUACUAAUUGCCAAGCCUGAAUAUAUGUUGGAGAAGGAUAUUCUAAAACUUCUAGAGGCAGCACUUUCUUCCCAUAGUGAUCAUCGUUUAAAGAUGCAAGCAUUACAAAACCUUCACGAGUAUCUUCUUGAUGCAGAGAGCCAACUUGGUACGGAUAAUACCAAUAAGGCUCCUGCCCAGUAUGUAGAAGAAAAUGGAAAUAAGGUGCCUGUGGCUGCGGGGGCUGGUGACACUAACAUUUGUGGGGGAAUUAUUCAGUUGUACUGGAACCAUAUCCUUGAAAGAUGCUUGGAUGCAAAUGACCAAGUUCGCCAGUUUGCUCUUAAGAUUGCCGAAAUUGUCCUACGCCAAGGCCUAGUCCACCCGAUUACUUGUGUUCCACACCUUAUUGCACUUGAAACUGAUCCCUUGGAGGUGAACUCAAAGCUGGCCCAUCAUUUGCUCAUGAACAUGAACGAGAAGUACCCAGCAUUUUUUGAAAGCCGUUUAGGCGAUGGCCUGCAGAUGUCAUUCAGAUUUUUCGAAUCCAUUUUGAGUAAUCAUGAUAUGGUUUCUGGAAAUAUGAAAGGGAAUGCCAUUGCAUUUGUUAGGCCGGGGGUAUCUAGAAUAUACAGGCUUAUUAGAUCAAAUCGUGUUUCGAGGAACAAAUUCAUGCACUCAAUUGUUCGUAAAUUUGAGUCGGAUAAUUGGAAUCAUUCGUCUCUUAGCUUUCUUGUAUAUUGUACGGAGGUUCUUGCUUCUCUCCCCUUCACAUGCCCUGACGAGCCUCUUUACUUGAUUUAUGAUAUAAAUCGGGUAAUACAACUAAGAGCUGGGGCACUUGAGGCAAAUAUGAAACUUUGGAGUUCAUGCUUCCAACAGCGGGAUUUGAUGAGUACUUCUAAUGAUAGUUUUAGAGCUAUGCCUGUGUCAGGUGCACAUUAUUCAUCUGAUCAAAAUAUGACAGUAACUCCACAAAUGCCUGAAAAGACAUGCAGCAUUUCAGAGGAAGACACGAAAAAAAUUCAGGCUGAUUGUCAUGAUGCAAUAGCUAUGCAACUUCUUUUAAAAUUGAAGAGAUAUUUGAAAAUUGUGUAUGGCUUAAAUGAUGCUCGCUGUCAGGCAUUUUCUUUGAAGGAACAGCCAAAACCAGGAGAGACAAUCUCCAAGCAGAACAUUCCCUUCAACGUUAGUGACACCUCAAUUAGUUUGCCUACUAGCUACCAGGAUAUGGUACAGAAAUACCAGGAGUUUAAGACAUUGUUGAGGGAAGAUUCUAUAGACUAUGUUACAUACACAUCUACAGUGAAGAGGAAACGUCCGACCCCGAGAAAUUCAAGAAGUGGAAGAUCAGCCAUUGACAGGGGAGACGACGGCGAUGAUGAUGGAGAUGACUACUAUGAUGAAGAUUGGACAGGUGGGCCGCGGAGGCUCGACUUCUCCGGCCAAAGGAGCAAUGGCGGCGGCCGGAUGACUAGACAAAGGAUGCACAUGUGAGCCUUUGUUUGCGGUGUUGUACAUUAUAGGAAUCAGUAAAUAGCAGGAUAAGUGAAAGAAAAAAAGAAAAACAAAGAAAAGGAGAAAAUCUUGGUUUUAUGUAGAUUGGUCGGUGUCAUUAAAUCGGAGCGCUCCUCUUGCUUUGCUUUGUCCACGUUUUUAUUUUCUUUCUAGGGUCGUAGCAAAGAUGGAUUGUGCUCCAGUUUCUCCAAUUAAUGGAAAAGUCCAAUUUUUUCUUUUUCUUUUU